AUGAGAUCCAAAGCUCAAAACUCCAUCAACCUUAAACCCCUAAUCAUUCUCUUCUCCUUUUUCCUCUUCCUUCUUGUUCUAAAACUAGGAUCAAAUUUUUCGUCAAACAUACAAAAUCUUCAGUCAAAAUAUAUUGAUUUUACAGCCCCAUGCCACAAAAUUCCACCAUCACUAGCUGAAGCACUCGUCCACUAUGCAUCCACAAACAUCACCCCUCAACAAACCUAUCAAGAACUUCAAAUAACAUUAAGAGUUCUUGAACAAAAAUCUCCAACCAACUUCUUGAUUUUUGGCCUUGGCUACGAUAGUCUCAUGUGGUCAAUGCUCAACUAUGGUGGUAAAACAAUUUUCUUGGAGGAAAGUGAUGCAUGGAUGCAGGACGUGAAGAAGCAAAUACCUUCGAUUGAAGCUUUCCAUGUAACCUAUAAUACUAAAGUAACUGAAGCUGUUCAACUUUUACAUCUCGGGAAAGAAGAAAAUUGCAAAGUAGUGACUGAUCCAAGAUCGUCAAAGUGCCACCUAGCAAUCAAAACUUUUCCAGAUGAAGUUUAUAACACUGAGUGGGAUGUGAUAAUGAUUGAUGCACCAACAGGUUACAAGGCUGAAUUGCCUGGACGGAUGACUGCUAUUUAUACAGCCGGACUAUUGGCAAGAAAUAAGAGAUUUGGUGAUACUGAUAUUUUUGUACACGAUAUUGAUCGAUGGGUAGAGAAUAAAUUUUCCAUGGAUUUUUUAUGCGAUGGAUAUUGGAAAGAAGAAGUGGGAAGAAUCAGGCAUUUUACCAUUCCAAGCCAUAGGGGAGGAGUUGAGAGGCCAUUUUGCCCAUGA